AUGCUAUCAUCUGGGGUGGAAUCUCUCCUUGAUUCUUCUGUGUCUGCUGUAAUAGAGGAAUUGUACACUGGACUGCCAGAGAGCAUCUCCACUGAACUUAUGGCUGUAUCGGAGCCUCAUGUUGGAUUAGAUGCAAAAUCUGACGUAUCAACGCCUGUGCUAGCACACAGUGACAGUCUGUCAGCUGAGCAUCAUCGGACUUCUGGAGUAGAAAACUUUUGCCAGAAGACAGAGGAUUUGGGUGAUAUGCUCAAGGUGAUUUCUCAUGGGCCAGCAGAAUCCCCCACUGAAGAAUUACUAGAGGCUGGAGACCUUGAAGAGGAUGAAAAAAACAAAAAAAGAAACUUUAGGAAACUAGACUGUUCUAGUGAUGGAUACCAGAAAGAAGACGAAGAGGCACAGGGUGCUGAGGAAUAUCAUGCUGAAUGCUGUGCUUUAACUCCUGGGGAAAGUUGGUCAAAACAAGAGGACCCUCACUUAAACCAGCAUGAGGUGAAGUCUUCGAGAACCUCUUGCACUGAAAUAGCAGGAUCUCUGAAGAACACAGAAGAAAACGAAGCAAAUGUUCAAGUGACAGCUGAAACUCUGCCAAAGCUCACUGAAGAAGUACAAGGCCCAAAGAAGAGAGAACUAGGCAUGUAUGAGAAGAAAGAAGUGUCAUCGCUCCCAGCUAAUCCCUCUGAUUGUAGCACUUUAAUCUGUGAUACAUGUCCGUUACUGAACAACGUGAAUAUUCAAACACGACAUGCUAGCCAAGCAGAAAAGACCCUUCGGCCAGUGGAAAAUCAGUGUCUUGCAUGUCAGAGUGAGUUUGAUGGCCCAGUUCCAGGCAGCAAGCAACAUUUAGAAAGUUUAAACAAACAACCAAACACGGGCUUACAAACUAUGGCUACUUCUGUGGAAGAAACCAAAAUAUCAAUUGGCUCUAGUCAAAGUGAAGAGACACUGUUAAAAACAGGUGAUGACCUGCCUCCAUUAGCUCAGAAAUAUGCACGAGAAGACAGUUUUCAAGGAACUCUAAAAGAGAAUGUAGUGGAUUUGGACUCUUCAAAUGGUGUGAGAAAUGAAGACUGUUCAGGAUACAUGGGCUUCAUCAGUGAUCUAAUUGGAGAGGAGACAAUCAAACUAAAAGAACAUGAGAACAGAUGUGAAAGAGAAGAUAAAGGAACUCUUGAAGAAAGUUCUGCUGAUAGCAAAUCACAUUGCUCACAGCAUGCUUGCUUUAUCAAAUGUGCAAAAGAGAAAGCAGAGCUAGUGUUUGCAGGAAACAAAAUGCAGCAAUCUUUGCCAAAGAUGAAGCGGUUGGUGGAGGACCAGGAGAAUACAGUUAGUGCCCAAUUUUUGCCCUUCUCAUCAAUUCAUGGGAGUCUGUCAUAUAAGCCAGAAAAUACGAAUGUGCUUUCAGAGACAGAAAACAAAAGUCUGAGAAUAAAAUCUAUCUUAAAUAACUCUUGCCCGCAGUUAACAUUUGAGCCUGGUAAAGAAACUGAUGCUCAAAAGGGUAUUGGUCCAUCCCAUUUCGGAAAGUUUGACAUCCAAGAAUCUUUUAAUGAGACUCAGGUGGAUUCAGAAACACCGUCAGCUCUGAACUUGGGAAUCUCUCUGCCUGAGGAAGAAAAGCUGUGUGUGCCAUCUGAGAAUACACACAUAGAUAAUCGUGAUGCAUCUUCAGCCGAAGUUUUUAGCAAAGAUUCUUCAGUGACAAAACCUCUUUCCGUAACCAUGUCCGUUAAGAGAAAAGCCAGCAAUACUGAGAUUCCAUCUUCAGAGAAUGAAACGGCAGCUAGCUUUCUGAAUGGUGCAAAAAGCUCAAGCAUUUGUGCACACAGCAAAGAAAGUCUGAGAGAUGAGGGGCAUAGCAUGCUAACUGUAAAAGACAUGGAUGUGACCUCACCAAAAAGUACUCACUGUGGAGAGGAGUUUAAGAAUACAUGUGUAGAAGAGAAAACGGGAAGAGAAGUAGCCCCUAGGAAAAAGUUGCCCAUAGAUUCUUUUCUUGAUGGAGAAGAUUGUCUAUGGGUCUUGUUAGAAGAUUCAAAAGAGUCUGGUAGCAAAAUAGUCCCUCUCAGUACUGAGAAUUAUGGGAAAGUUUUGGCAGAAGUCCCAAGAUCUAACCUAAAGAAUGUUUCAAAAGAAAGAAAAAAUGAUACAGAGCUCACAAACUUAGCAGGUGCCAGUCUACUUUCAGAAACUGUGCAUGAUUGUCAAGCUGAAGAUGCGUCUGAGGCAGAAACUUCACCAGAAUUGCAGUAUAAUACAAUACCCACAUUUUAUCCACGUAUGAGUAUACUAUCAAACAGUUGCAAAGAAUCAUCCCCAAACUAUGUUGUUUGCAGUGAAGUAUGUGUGCCUUACAAAUUAAAUGCACGGAGCAAAGAUAAUGUAAAGGAGAUUACAGAAGGCCAGGACACUAUACCAACUCAUUCAGUUUGCAAGGAAAAUGAGGCUUUAGGUUCAGAGAGACUUGGUCAAAUAGAGAAAUGUCAGGUACUUAAACGAAAAAAGAAGUAUGAGAAGAUGGAAGUACAUCUGUCAGACAAGGCACAACAAGAACAGAAGUCAGAAUAUCAAGAGAAAGCAAAAAUCACACUGCAACCAAGUAUGUUGCACAGUUCUGAACUCUUAUGCAGCUCUUCAAAUGAGUUGGUGACAUCAAGAAAUAUGAAGUUUGAAGGUCCUUCAGAGGAGAUUUUUGCUGUCAGAAGCAGUGAAAGUAAACUAUGUAGCACUUUACAAGAAGUCAAAAGGCCAAAGACUACCACAGAUAUUAUUAGUUCACAGCUUUUGAAGACUCAGGAUUCAGAAAUGGAAAACCUGAACCUUAAUUUAGGGUAUGAUGGAAUCCCUGGUGCCUUUGGAACUACAAAUAAACUAAGAGGACCUAUUCCAUUAAAAAGACAGCCUGGAAGGACAUGCAAAAAAGUUCCCACAUCAUAUCAGCUAAAAACUGUAAGAAGAAGCAAAAAAAUUAAAAGUUCACCUUUUUUUGAGAUUCCCCCGGAAAUAUUCCCUAAGCAGGACAACACACUUCUCAAAUCUUUGUACCUUCCAUGUAAACCAGCGACAAUGGAAAUGGAAACAGCCAUGAGAUUUGUGCAUAUGCCAAGGCAGAGGGCCAAGAGGUGCAGUUUGUUGAACAGCUUGAAAUUUAGAAAAUGUACCAAAGAACCAGCAUUGUUGAGCAAGCUGUCUGCAAUGGCUAGCAAACUCCUGGCACCUGCCAAAAGCAUCCAUGACUUAGAACCUCUGCCACAUUCUUCUGAAAUUCUUCCCAUGGGUGAGAGGUACAGCCAACGUAGAUCUAAAAAUCUAUUGGAAGCCUUUUCUUGCAUUAACAGAAACUUACACUCACGCUGGGCUGACAGUUGGUGCACCAAGAUGUUCAGCUUUCAGCCUUUGGCACUUUAUCCUGUAGAAUCUACCAAAAUAUUUUUUUCAGACUUCAGCCACAAGCCUCCAACCUCUUUCUUCGAUACCCCAGUUUUCCCAAUUUCUUUUCACAUAAAAUUGGACUCUAGUCCUGUGACAGACCUCACAGGGAUUACAUCCCAGCACUCGGUACAUCACAGACCAGUUUUGGGAGAAAGGCCAGCACCGCCUUCAAAGUGGACUUUCUCUUUUCUCCUGUCUCAGAGCUGUUUAGAUACAACAGCUUUCAAGGAAGAUUCCAGUCUAAAUGAGUUGCAUUCCUCUCUCUCUGUAACAACCCCAAGGGCUGUUGCCCUUCAUCCUGACCGUGGAAGAAAUGCCGUAGCUGAAAGAAGAGGAGGUUGCUCCAUGCUUGGCCUUCACACAGUGUUAGCACUUUCUUCCCCUGGAUGUUACAGGAUUUGGACGAGAAGAAGAAACUUAACCAGUCAUAUUCCUACCAUCCAGAGACUAUUUAUAUCACAAUUCGCACAGGGUUUGAAAGGGACAAGGUAUCCAACUUCUGUAUCAGAUGACCUCGUCUCUUCAUUGCCAUACUCGUUGGGCAGGGUACUAUCCAUAUGGAGUCAGCAUGGUCCUUCUGCCUGUCCCUCCGAAAUCACUCCUCUCCAUUCCAAUCACUGCAAGUGGCAGCCAAGUGUGGGCAUCAAGAACAGUUACGCCAUGUUACCGCACUUACCUGUACAGAGUAUGGAAGCACUACAGACUGCAGGUCAUGAGAUAUGUCUGGAAACUUCAUUCCCUCUUCCGUUACCAAAGUCUUGCUCACUUCCAGAAUCACCACCAUCUCCCCCCAGGCUUUCAGCAUCUGAGCUCCAGAUCCAUGCCCUUGAUGAAGCUGAUGCUUCUGUUCCAGCCUGUCUUAGAUCCCAAGAUGACACAGAACUGAAAGAAACUGAGCCAGAAAAGAGGCCAAAGAAAGUCUCACAGAUCCGAAUCAGGAAAACUGUUCCUAAGCCGGACCCUAACCUUACUCCAAUGGGACUACCCAAACCAAAAAGGCUUAAGAAGAAAGAAUUUAGUUUAGAAGAAAUUUACACAAACAAGAACUAUAAGUCCCCUCCUCCAGCCAGGAGCUUGGAAACAAUCUUUGAAGAACCCAAGGAGAAAAACGGGCGCUUGAUCUCUGUCAGCCAGCAGAAGAGAAAGCGGAUUCUAGAGUUUCAGGACUUUACUCUUCCCCGGAAAAGGAAGACACGAAGCAAAAUCAAAGCAGUGGGUAGUUUCACCCGAGCAAAAAAAGCUGCACUACAGAGUGCAGAGUUAGAUGCUCUUCUGAGUCAGAAGCUAAUGGAUCUUGAAGCCUUUUUUGCAAAGGAGGCUGAGCAGGAGCAGGCCUCUAGCAUCUGAGGGAGCCAUUUAGCUGAAAAUGGUCCAAUCAGCUCCUUUAGUAUUUUAGUCCUGGUGGGAGAAAUCUACUGACUUCUUCAUACAUUACUCUACCACUCUGUUCUAAUAUCUGACGAUUAGUUUUUGGCUGUGGCCCUCUUCAAGGUGCUAUUUUUUUUUUUUUUAAAUGCUAUUGGAGGGAUUCUUUUAGGUCCCUGUUUGAGUGUAACACAGUCACACACAAUUUACCAUUCCUUCCCCAACCUCUGGAAAUUACUGCUAAUGUUUAAUUAUGUUUAAACACCUUUUGGCGGUAGAGUAGGAGUGUAAAGGAGGAAGUAGUGCACCUUCAGUGAUGCUAGAACUCUGUACUCCAGAUCAUUUGCACAUUUGAGUCUGCUGUUGUUACUGUAAUGGCUAUUUUGAACAACCUGACAGAAGAGAUGUCGUGUUUGAUAAAGAUGAAUUCUAGCAAACACAUUCUUGAUAUACCACUAACUUUUUAAUAAUUAAAAGUAGCUGUCUGGGUUUACUUUCAGUUGUUUCUUCCUUCUGUUUACUUAGAAGGUUCCUUCUGAGUUUCUGUGCCCUUCCUGGCUUCAGGCAGCAGAAGCCCCACUUCUAGCCCCAUAACUAGACUUUAAAUAACUUGCACUUUGUAUACGUUUCUUUAUUUGCUGCAUGAGGACACCUUUUAACAUGAUUGAGCUCAAAAAAAGGUAAUAUUUUAAGAAAAAAUUGUGCACAGUACUGAUUUUUUCCAAAUAGUAGAGUUUUUACCUACUUGGCUGAUGCCAACCUCUUCUCCAGAGGAAAAGAUAAUUAGCCCAUGAAGAUGUUAAGCUGCAGGAUACAUAAGGAGAGGUUUUUAUUUAACUGAGCUGAGCUGCUGCGUGCUGGGAACACCAGCAAAAUCUUUGAGACUCAUUUUUAAGUGAUUUUAAUUCCAUUAAAAAUACCAACUUGAUUUUAAUGCCAACAAGAAAAUAAUUUUUUUUUCCAUCUUGAGGGUUUUUUUACCAUUUUAGAUUUACAAUUCAUGUAGCUCAUAAUUAGAUAUUCUCCAUACAGCACUCUUGUACAUAAUAGCUAGUGUUGUACAAAGAGCCUCCUAGCAUGUGGAAAUUUUUUUUUUUUCCCCAUUAUGUAAGGCCACUUGUAAUUAUCUGAUGCAGCACUGGGCAAUUUCUCAGCUAUACCUUUUGAGAGAAGGGAGCUCCCUUCUGGGAUACCUUCUGUUAAACUUACUUGAAGCAUAAUUCAAAAUGAAUGCUAGCUGCAGUUCAGGUAAUUUCUGUCCUUUAGUGCCUAUAGAAGUUAUUCAGGCAAAGCUGUCGUUGCUGGGAUGUUCAAAUUUAAUUAGUCUGUUCUUUCUUUCACUUGUCACUUGAAACUUGCACUUUCUUAUUUACCUACCCAUAUAAUAGAGUUUCUAUUUACCUUCAAAAUGAGCAAAUAUCUAGUGGGUGGGUAUUCUUAAUAAAGUCCCAAUAAAUGCAGGACUGAAAAUACCAUCAUUAUCUUCUUUUGCUCUGCCACUUCUGUUACUGACCAAACAACAAACUAAAAAUUAACAAGCAACCUGUUGAAUUCCAGAGCUUUGAAAGUAGAGAAAUGGAAGAGGAUUAUUACACUGUGUGUGCCUGAGUCUUGAAAGAAGUGUAAUCUGGGCUUGUUUUGCUCCCAGCUUAUGUGCCGGGAUUCCUAGAAGUUUACGUUCUUGUUUUGGAGGCGAAUUAUCUUUAAUCAGGAAGGCUGAAGAAGAGAGAGGAGUGUACACUUAAAGUAGUGUUGUUUGGGUUUUGAGGGUAAAAUAACAAGGCAGGCAAACUUUGAAUAUAUUGACAUAUUAUUUCAGCAGCAAGGUCUGGUUAACCUAUCUGGGCUGCUGUAGAACAUUAUAAUUGAUCCUCUUUAUUUUUAUAAAAAGAAAUCUCUAAAAAAUAAAGGUCGACUGCCUUUUAAAAAAUGUUUUAAACUUUCCCUAUACUGGUUUAUUAGCCCAAUUAUUGACUGGUUGGAAACUGUAGCAAGAGUGAGAUAUAUAUUUUUAUGGUUUUAUGCUAUAGAAUGGGAUUGUUACACAGCAUUCAUUCACCUUCUAUUAAUAUGGGAGGAUUCUAGUGCCGUGACACAAUUGAGCUGUAACCUUACCGGGGGUUUUUAAGGAA